CGUCUAGUCUCGGAGAGUCGGCCCAAUUCGACAACCAGACCUCUUUUCGUCUGCCGCUCGUCUGCAGCCCCACCCGCCGACAGUAUCUCAGUGUCUGUUGCAUCCCUCCUCCACCGCCGCAUCUUGAAGGCACAUAUCGAACUGUCUUCAUCACGUCAAUGGUGAUCACGAAGGCGCGAACAGUCUCACCGGUAGGGUCGCCGUGGCAUCCCGCCGACUUUUGUCCACCUGAUAAGGCUUCCCAUUAUCUCCGCUGUAACUGACUCCCUCCCCCUCUUUUUCUGUCUUUCUUCCCAUCAUCAUUGUUCAUUCCAGAACACAGAAUCCACCCAAAUGGCCGACGUACAUCUCCCCGCAGAGCUCGCACAGACCGGAGCGCGUAUCAAGGUUCAGACCAGAUACGGCCAAGUGACUGGCGGGCGAGCUUUGAACGGCGCUGCCGCUUUCCUCGAGAUCCCGUACGGUCUUCCUCCUAACCGGUGGGAGGACCCGCAGCCGUUGUCUUCGUCCUUUAGGUACGAAGACAAGGAGUAUGUAUAUGAGAAAACAUACGCCACUCAGCCGAAGAACGACGGACAAGCUGCGGCGAUCCCCUACAAGGAUAAAGUCGGACUCGGCGAACCGUCAGAAAAUGCCCUGUUUCUCAACAUUGUAUCCCCGCCUGCCUUUCCUGAGAAGAAAGGCUUCCCCGUUCGCGUAUAUAUACACGGAGGAUUCCUCCAGUUCGGCUCCCCCCACAGCCUGAUGUCCCAGCCCCAGUACGUUGCGGCGGAACGCGCAGAGGUCUGGGUCAACAUCGGGUAUCGUCUGUCUGCCUUCGGCUUCCUCGCCUCCGACGAGCCCGAUUUACACGGGAAUUACGGGUUUAUGGACCAGUACAUUGCGCUCGAGUGGAUUAGGGAUAAUAUUGAGGCGUUUGGAGGCGACCCGAGCGAUAUCCGUAUUACUGGCCUCUCGGCAGGCGCGCACUCAGUACACCAGAUUUUGCACCACGUCUCGCACCUGCCGGACGGCGUUAUGGCGCCCUUCCAGUCCGCCGUGCUGCAGUCGAAUGCGAUUAUGACGGUCCCCAAGACGCCCGCCGACCUCCGCACGCAGUAUGCCGCCCUCUGCACUGCGCUGGACCUCGACCCCGCCUCGCCGGACACGCUCGCCACCCUCCGCGACCCCGCUCGUGUCCCUGCGAGCAGCAUCACCCACGCCAUCGAGACCGACGCCGUAGGCACCGAGUACGGCACCUACCGCGGCGCGCUCUCCGCCCCGUGGCUCCCUACACAAGCUGGCAAGGACCCGAUGACCUGGCAGCGCACCGGCGCCCUCGCCCACGCCCUGCGCGCCAAAGGCGUCAAGUCCAUCCUCCUCGGCGACGUCCCCGACGAGUGGUACCUCUACAGCAUCGCGCACCCCAUCCACCGCGCCGCAGACAUACCCGUCAACCUCCGGCGGUACUAUCCGGGGGACUUGGUCGACAAGAUGCUCGGGUUGUGGGAUACGCUGCCGGAGGACGCAGCCAAGGAGGUCGCGGCGCGCAGGUUCGGGGAGGUGCUGAGCGCGGGGCAGGUGCAUGUGCCGGUAAGGAUGCUGCAUCGGGAUCUAGUGAACGCGGGGUUCCCGGUGGUGCGCUAUGCGGUGAGGUGGGCGCCGGAGGGAGUAAAGCCUUUUGGUGAGUAA